AUGAAAAAAGACACAAUUAUCCGCGUGGAUGGCUUCUCGUUCCGCAAGAAUGCAGGCUUCGAAACGGCCGCCGGACCGGACGAGCCGUUGCUGUUCGUGCCUCAGAAGUACUGGCUUCUCGGGCUCUCCACCUACUGCAUGCUCUUCACAAUCAUCGCAUUCUCGACUGGACGCAUAUUCUAUGCCGGAAUUCUAUUUGUAAUCUCUCUCUCGUUAAUUGGCUCUUUGGAGCCCGUCUGUUUUUCAGUUCUUCCCGCCCAUUUUCUUCGCUCUCAUGAUCUUCGUUCCGAACAUUUUCGCGCAUCACAUCCAUUACAGACUGCAGUUUACUCGCUGGAUCGUCGUCAGUUUCGGACUCAUCAUCUGGUUCCUGUACGCCGUCAUUUCGCUAAAAUCGAGCAAAGCCGAGGAAGAAUGCGGCAAAGGACCUGGUAAAGCAUACGACGAAUGCAAAGGUACGGUAAUUAUGAUCAGCAAAAGAGAAACUCCACAUUCACAGCAAGUUGGGACGUCUUCUUCAACUGGCUGUACGCGUGGCAGUGGUUGUGCGAGCCGGCGGCCAUCAUGUGCACUUUCAUCCUGUACAGACUAUGGGCGAUAACUGGAGACUCCUUGUAA